UAGUAAGAAGUUUGACGGUUUUUGCCAAGUAUAAAAGGUUGAAGGUGGUCGGGAGAAAGGCAGAACUAACCAUUCUUUCAAAGUGAUUAGUAGCGAAGUCAACAGGAAUCCUGAUACUAGCGAGGCCAGUAUGAAGUACACGAUAUCCCUAUUUAUUUUAUCUGCUGUGCUGGCGUCGACACACGCUAUUUCACCGGAUAUUCUGUCACAUAUCACGGACACCGACUCAAUUACACCUUACGCAGGAUGUCAGUGCUACCCAGGACCACCAGGUCCACCAGGUCCUCCAGGAACACCUGGUGAUCAAGGUCACCCAGGAUCCCCUGGACGUGAAGGUGAACCAGGGGAACCAGGACCUCGAGGACCAGAUGGACCACCAGGAUUUGCUGGUGCUCCAGGCAAGGAUGGAAAACCAGGACCACCAGGUCCACGAGGCAGCACAGGUCAACCCGGUCAUCCAGGACCAAUUGGACCACCAGGCCAAGAAGGCAAGACAGGACCACAAGGACCACAAGGUCUCCCCGGUCCACGUGGAGAGCCAGGACAGCCAGGAUUACCAGGACCAAUAGGCCCAAGAGGUCCUCGUGGACCGCGUGGAGAUCGCGGUGAACCCGGCCCAAUAGGACCACCAGGACCACGAGGAGACGCUUAACUAAUUUAUUUAUUAUUUAUUUAUUUAUUAAAUUUAAAUAAAGUAUUUAUUAUUUAUAA